UCUGUUCCCAUAGUGAAGGAGAUUUGAGCACAUAGUCGAUCCGCUGUUCUUGAGGGUAUCUUAUCAGAAACUCCAAACAUGGUUGAGAAGUUUGUUGGGACAUGGAAAAUGGUUUCCAGCGAGAACUUUGAUGACUACAUGAAAGCAAUUGGUGUGGGAUUUGCAACCCGGCAGGUGGGCAACCGGACCAAACCCAAUUUGAUAGUGACUGUGGAAGACCAAGGGAUUAUAUGUAUGAAGUCUCAGAGUACCUUCAAAACUGUUGAAAUGAAAUUCAAGCUCAACGAGCCAUUUGAUGAGACGACCGCCGACGACAGGAAGACGAGGACCGUGGUGACCCUGGAGAACGGUAAACUUGUGCAGAAACAGAGCUGGGAUGGCAAAGAAACGAAUAUCGAGAGGGAGAUCUCAGAUGGGAAAUUGAUAGCGAAAUGCAUAAUGGGAGAUGUGGUCGCAGUGAGGACGUACGUAAAGGAGGCAUGAUGGACUCCCUUGAGCCCCCUCAUUGGAUGGAUUGCUGGAUGACAGGCUCAGUUCAGUGAGCAAGUGACCAUGCUACAGUGUUAGCAUGUUCUGCUCUUCUUAUUCAUUUAUCUUCACUGUGUUGCCAACAUCAAAUUUCUGUUCUCCAACAUGACACAUUUGGAGUUAUUGUGGUGAUUUGAAUAAAAUGAAUGAAAAUAUGUCAAAAA